UCAUUAAUUACAAUUCAAUUUGAAUUAUUGAAAUCCGAAAUAAUGGACUCCACAAGAAUCUCUCUCCGACCGUUCAAACUCUCCGACGCCGACGACUUUCUAGCAUGGGCAAGCGACGAUAAAGUCACCCGCUACCUAAGGUGGAACACCGUCACCACCAUAGAAGAAGCGCUAAUCUACGUCCAAAAAGUGGCAAUACCGCACCCGUGGCGCCGUUCUAUUUGCCUCGACGAUCGUUCGGUCGGAUACAUAUCCGUCCGGCCGGAAUCCGGCGACGAUCGGCACCGCGCACAUAUUGGCUACGCCGUUGGAAGUGAUUGUUGGGGUUUAGGUAUUGCUACUGCAGCUGUGAGAUUAGCAAUCCCUAGUGUUUUCGAAAAGUUUCCAUUUAUAGUAAGGUUGGAGGCUUUGGUGGAGGAGGAGAAUAUAGGUUCACAGAGAGUGCUUGAAAAGGUUGGUUUUGUUAAGGAAUGUUUUUUGAGGAAAUAUUGUUUUAAUAAAGGUGAGGUUAGAGAUAUGUUGAUUUACAGUUUUUUGAGCACUGAUUUACAUUGACCAUACGAGAGACGUAAAUCACACUAGACUGACAAUGUGUGACAAACUUAAUCUAGCGACAGUUGACAAAAGAAUUCGAACUUGUGACACAUGCUCGUUUGCUCGGUCGCUAGGUCAUAGGGAUUUGCAUCAACAAUCUUUUGUUUUUUCUUGGUGUGGACAAUCAAAUAAUAUUUAUUUUCUUUUCUUUUG